AUGAACCCGUAUGAUUAUAACAAAGCAAGUCGACCCACAAGGUUCUCGGGGGCACCGUUGAUUGAGUGGCUGUCUUCUGCAGAUCGGCAAGACGAACGACGACGCAUACGCGAGCUGGCCGAAAAGAAUAGCCUCCUAUUGGGAUGGCGAGACGUAAUCCAUCCAACCGGGUGGAUGGACCCAACGAUAGCGCCACAGACUGAAGCCGAGGCAGAGGAACAGAAAGUCGCAACCGACGAGGAGACUUAUCGAGCCGCACACGACUUGGUCCAAAAAGGAGCCAACAGGGCAUCCAGUACGAACAGCCAACCAGGUCUCAAGGUGGAGACACCCGCAAGGCUGAAGAACAGCAAGAAGCCACUUGUGCUCAAGGAGUACCAAAUCCACACCUACGCGACGUUGCGCAAGGAUUAUGAAGACAAUGGAAAGGGCAUGAUCUUAGGUCUUGAGAUGGGCACGGGAAAGACCAUCAUCACCUUGGCCUUUUUAUUUUCGAUCCAGCAAAAGCCAGGGACACCACAUCUCGUUGUGGUUCCAGCGAGCCUGCUGGAAAUGUGGGUCAAGGAGAUCGAGGACCGAUUGGGACCAGUCCCCAAGUAUUGUGUAUACCAGGAGGAUAAAAAGCGCGGUCGCACGGCCACGUACACACCAAACCAACUGGUUCAGUACGAUAUCGUCUUGGUAACGUAUGAAAAGUUGCAACUUGACGCGAAGGCAUAUCGCGAGACCAGAGACGAAUUUGUUGCCCGACAUGGCAGCACCACGUACUGGAACGAUCCGAUCCGAUGUAACAGCACGUUGAGUGUUGUAAAAUGGCACGUCAUUGUCCUCGAGGAGGGACACAGGAUAGUCAAUGGGGAGAGCAAGACAACUGCCGCGGCGUGCGGAUUGCGAGGCCAAUACCGCUUAGCGUUGACGGGUACUCCGUUCCAAAACGAGUACUCAGACUUCCAGUCCCUAUACAGGUUCCUGCAGAUUCCCCCGUGGGACAAGGUGUCCAACUUCAACAGAUUCUUUCUCUUCACCAACAAGAGCACCACGGCAGCUCAGACCUUACCUGGCCACGUCAACGCCAUUCUGGCACUCUCCAUCAAGGCACACACGAUUCGCCUCAAAACCACCGAUGAGUUCGACGGAAAACUGAUCGCCGACUUCAAGGAGGCGAUAGCGAUUACGGUGAACCACACACUCAAAUUCGGCGAAGCGUCCAACCAACAGACUACGCGCACAAUAUGGGACGAGGUGGCGAGAAAGCAACAUCAGGAGAACCUCAAGGCAGGGGUGCCAGAUGGUUCCUUGGAGGGUACCCAAUCAUACAAAGAGAUAAUGAAGGCCCGUCUUGCAAUUAUCCAUCAUCUCUGUCUCACAUACAGAUACGGAACAUCGGAAGACGAGGACGAUGUAGCCAACACAUCCCAGGAUGCCGUCGACAACCGCAAAUCUCUCCGCGAAGCAACCAAGACAAGAUGGAAUGAGUCGUCUAGGAUGAGAGAACUAGUCAAGUGCUGCAAAGACCACCGAGACAAGUAUGGAGGACCUAUGAUCAUAUUUUCAGAUUUCCUGUCAGCACUGGACGUUGCGGAGAAUGCUCUCCGAGCGAACUUUGGAGAGGACCAAAGGAUCGCAAGGUUUGACGGAACCGUACAUCCACAAGAAAGAACCCGAAUAGUGGACGACUUCCAAGGCGGCAGGUACGCAUUCAUACUGAUUACAACUAAGUGCGGAGCGUUUGGUAUCACCCUAACCCGGGCCAACGGUGUAGUGCACUUGACGCCUAGCUGGAAUCCGCACCAGGAAUUCCAGGCUACAGCUCGAGCAAAUCGCAUCGGACAGAAAGCUCAAGUGUACGAGUACCACAUGUACGCUCACGAUAGUAUCGAGCGGAAGUUGUUCAAGACCAAGAGGCAAAAGGUGAAGAAGGCCAACGGGAUCCUUGAUCCGAGCGAUGCCAUGUUGGACAGAAUGGACGAAGUUGCGAGUUGGGAUGUUGCAAAGCUGACAAAAAUUUUGGAAGACGCGAGGCGCGAGACGUUUGUCGCAGAAACACAAGGCAAAGGCAGAGGAGAGGAAGAGGAAGAAGACACAGACAAGCCGGCAUGA